GUGAUAUAAGCAAACAAGUGAAAGCACUUUGUGAGGUAGAAGAAGGUCCAACAUAUGAACUCAGCUUAAAGGGUGAAGCUUCACUCGUGCGGUAUACCAUUGACAAAAAGGAGAUCGACUAUGGUCAGCAGUUGUUUGACCAAGUGGCAGAAGCCGUGAUCACAUUGAAAAACAUGGGAAGAGUCAACUUUGAGUUCAACAUUUUAAACGUCCAACUGGCAUCCUUUCCCGAAAACGCCCAACCAGGACUCCCACUUGUCAUCCCUCAAUCUGGUCUUGUCGAGGCAUUUACUGAAGUCAAGCUGUCUGUUUAUUACCUUCCUGGAAUCCCCGAGGCUUUCCACAAGAGCUUUGAAGUGCAAGCAUCCUACUUUGAACCUGAAGUUAUUAACCUAAGGGGAGAAGGCAUUUUUCCGAGGAUAUGCCUUGAUUUACCAAGAAAUCUAACAGGUGAUGAGAGAUAUCGACUCCUGUUGAAAGAAGCCAAAGAAUCAUUUGAGACAGAAUCCAAGAAGGAGGAGAUCUACAGCCAAGCUGGAGAGCAGUCUUCAGAUGAGUACACCCCUUCAUAUGACUGUCUUGUCCAGAUGGAGGUGGAGCGAUUACUGAUGAAAGAAUACGCACUAGAGCAGUGGAGACUCCAUUCAAACUAUGGCAGAGAUACAGGCAGCUCCCAAAAUUGGCAGAGGAAGUUGACAAAAUGUGAGCUACCAGAGUAUGUUCUGGACUUUGGCUAUGUUAUACAUAGCACUGUGUGCACGCACAUAGUCAAAGUGACCAACACCGGACUAUUGCCUGUUUCCUUCCAUGUUGACAAGCGCAAUCUGGCCAAUACAGGUUUCAGUACAGAGCUGGACAGAGUGAAAAACCUGCCCUACUGUGAAACUGAAACAUUUGAAGUGAGGUUUGACCCGUGUGGGUCUAGCCUGAAGCUGGGUGAUGUUGACGUCCUCAUGCCCAUACAGGUGGUGGGAGGGCCGGCCUUCCACGUCCGCUUGCACGCUGUCGUCACCAUGCCCUCCCUCACACUCUCCGCUGACAUGCUUGAGUUUGAUUCCAUCCUGUGUGGACAGUGCCAAGUGAAGACCAUCCAGCUCUACAACCAUCUGCAUGUGACGUGUGAGUGGGCAGUGGCUGAGGGGGAAAAGAAGAAAAAAGUGGUUGACAAACACAUUCCUUCUUAUUUACGGCGCAAAGGUAAAAACAAAAUCAAAUCAAAACCACAAGUGUUUGAGAUGAUCCCCUCUUCUGGGACACUUCAACCAGGAGAACGUGUCAAUGUUCAAGUUAAAUUCAGCCCAACAGAAGAGAAAUUCUUCAAUGAAUCUCUAGUGCUGUGCAUCUCACAGAGCAGUAAUCGCUUGAUGCUGUUGCUUCAAGGGAAAGGUCUGGAACCACAGCUGGAUUUCAGUCCUUCUGUGCUGCAGUUUGGGCCGGUCCUGCCAUACACCUAUGGAGAUGAGCUGGAGGUGACAGUCAAGAAUCCUUGUGCCUUUCCUGUUGAAUUCUACUCAUUGGAGUUUGACAAGCAAUACCUGGAAGAAGAAAAGAUUCUUCGGUUGUUGACAGGGUAUGAUUCUGAGAACAUCCUUCUUCUGCCUCCACGCAACCCUGGUGAGAAGCUUCCUUCUGAGAUAAUGGAGUACUUUGAGGAAUGGAAAAAGCAGGAGGAGAGAGGCAAACGUGAAGAAGGUCCCAAGACAGAUGUAAACGAAGAUGGUGCUCCUCUGGAAUCUGGGAGCAUUCAAGAGCCCAGCACUAUUUCUGGCCCUCAAGAGCAGGCUCCAUUCCAGCCUGUAGCCGAAGAGACAGAUGAGGCAUUGAGGGAAGGAGAAAUGACAAAAACACAAAUGGGAGCCUUAAGCACUAGUAACAGGGUGGGAGAAAUCGACAUGACCCCUGUGUCCAAAGCUAAUGCCAGACACAUGGGAGUUGACCUCUCCCUAGAAGGCAGCGCUGCGAGAAACAGAAGAGGCAUAGCCAUCAUUGUACAUGGUGGUCCGCUGUCAGGGAAGACCAGCACAGCAGUAACUCUGGCAAAACACUAUGGUAUACCUUGUUUGAAUAUUGAUGGUAUUGUCCUUGAGGCAGUAGCAAAUGGGAGCACCGUGGCAGGGCUUCAGGCCCGAGAGCUUUGUGCAAAGGCAGCACAAGAGCAGGCGCAGAAGAAGGCUGAGGAGGCAGCUACUCAUGCAAUGGAUACUUUGGCCAGUCAGGCUCAAGGUGCCGAUUUCCUCAGUGUGGAAGCAGUAACCAAGCAUACUUCUGAAGGAAGUCAAGCCAGUGAAGCGAAGGUGGGUCCGCACUCUGCAGUCUCCGGACGAAAUAAAGUCAGUACGGCUGGUACCAAAGGAAGAACGGAGCACUCCUUGAUUCAAAAGCAACAUUCAUCUGAACCUACUGCUGCAUCGCAGAGUACAAGUGCGACAGUUACCACUAUGCUGCCCCAACGAAGACUAAGCAUCAGCGUCAGUGUGGCCGGAGAGACGGGACUUCUUAGCUGUGUGCUCCCUGAUGACCUUUUGAUCGAGAUUCUGGCAGAAAGACUUCAGUUAAACGAUUGCCAUCGAGGAGUUGUCUUUGACGGCCUGGAGACUCUUUACUCUCGCUCUCCAUCAAGUGCUCUCUAUGUUGUCUUGAAAGCUCUUAACAACCGCAAGUACAUCUACAUGGUUGAACUCAAACAAGACUACGCUUCUUUCAAAGCCAGGGAAAAGGCCAAGAAAGAGGAGGAAGAGCAACUUCUGAAGGAAAAAAUUCAGGCAGAAAAGGUCAGAAUUUCUGAAAUGGAUGAGGAGGAGUAUGAUGCACUUUCAGAAGAGGAGAGAGCCAAAAUUGAUCAAAAACACCUUGAGGGGCUCCGGGAACGAAAACGUCGAGAGCUGGAAAGACUGGCAAAAGAACAGGAGGAGAAGAGACUACAGGAAGAGCUGGAGAGGCAGCGGAUGGAGGAGGAAAUGAUGAGGAAGAAGAACAGAAAGGGGAAGAAGGAGUCACUGCUGAAAGAGGAGAUGACCUCUGGCAAGAAGAGUCAGCUUGGUGGGAAACAGGUGCCAAGUUCAGCUGGAGGGCGUGUGGACAAUAAAGGAGAGCAUUCCACGGCAGAUCGGAAGUUUUCAGUUUUGGAACAUCCAGACAGCUUGCAGACUGAGCGCAGUGAAGCAGAAGAAAUUAACAAAAAGAAGAGGCUGAAGGACAACAAAAUCAUGGCAAUUGAAGAAGCUUCUACACCUUUGGGUGACCCUGGAUCAUCGGAGGAAAAACAAUACCCCUCAGAAAGCGAGAAGCAGCUUUUGCAAAGAUUCAGACUGUAUGAGCAAACCCAAAAGAGCAUCUCUGAGACCCUUCAGCACUGGGAUAGGGUACAAGGGAUUCUAGCUUCUGCACUAAGCUUGGAGGAGAACAUGCAAGACACAGAGGAGGCGAGCAACUUAGAACAACAUCCAGUGCAGUCGGGCAAAAGAGGAAGAAAGGACAGGGAGCGGGAAAAAGAGCGACUGGAAAAGGAGAAAGAGAAAGAGCGCUUAGAGAAAGAGAAGACAGACAGGUUAAAAAUGGAAGGAGAUAUUAAGAUCCACCACUCUCCUGCCUCCAGUCCUUUUGCGGAUGGAGAAAGUGGCAAUACAGCCUUCAAAGAGGGGCUGCAAAAAGGCAGGUGGGAUGUAGGUGUACCUCACAUUGUUUUGUCAGUGACUGGUCAAUCUGAUCCCAGUGGGAAGAAGGUUCUGAGCAGCGGAUGGCUGCCGUCCCUCAAUGAGGUAUUAGAUGGCUUGGGUCUGGGCCCCAGUGGCCCACCGAUUCCACCUGCCUCUAUAUUUUCAAUAAUACCGUAUCCACUCAAACGUGCCCCCUUAAGUGGCCGGGACACCCUAAAACAUUUUACUUUAUUGAUGCCAUUAUCAGAGGAGAAUAUUGAGGACAAGAAGGAGCUAGAGGCUGAACUUGACACAAUUACCUCCAUCUCCUCAGUGAAGGAGGAUCAAGUGACCCCCACCAAAGGUCGAGCAAAAAAAGACAAACCUGAAGCAGGACGAGACAGUCAAAAGGAAAAGGAGAAACACCGUCCUUCAGGCACCAAGAAAAGUGUUCGAGGAAGUGAGUCUCGCUCGCCUCUGUUAGGAGCACUGACUCCGCUUUCGGAUGCCGACCAAAGCAGUUACAACUUGGAGACACUCCAAGAAAAAGGAAAUAGGUUGACUACUUUUCGUUGGAUUGUCCCUGCCAACGGGGAGGUCUGUUUGAAAAUCCACUUCACCUCCAAUUCCGUGGGCCAGUUUGACCAGACGCUGAACUUUGAGUUACUGGGAACCAGACGGCGCUAUCAGCUAUACUGUCGGGGCAUCUGUGCCUACCCAGCAAUUAGCAAAGACCCAAAAACAGUGUUUCCCAGCCGUAGAAAGGUAGCUUUGCCCAAUGAAAUAAUCCAAAAGAAAUACAUUUUGGCAUCUGAGGUAUUUGAGUUUGGUCCAUUGCUCUGUGGAAAAUCAAGAGACAGAUACAAGGAAGGCCGGUACCCAGAAAACAUGGAGAAAUUCACUGUGCAUAAUAACUCCUCGCUCACUGCUGAUGUCCUCUUCUGCCUUCACCAAGACACAAAGGCGACCACAUUUCUAUUGGACCCUCCUUCAAUGUCCCUCAAACCUGAUGAAAAGCAGGUACUGACUGUAUGGGCUUUCCCAACCUCCCCUGGUCUAUUUGAAGAUCGCAUAGUGUGCUGUGUCAAAGAGAACCCAGAACCAGUUAUUUUCAAAAUAUCUUGUCAUGGUGUGCGACCUGAACUGGAGCUUGACAGGAAGCAACUACACUUUGAGAAAAUUCUCUUGCACAGAAAGGAGACAAAGACGUUGUAUUUGCGAAACAACAACUUGCUGCCAGUUGCCUGGAAACUUACCGGUUUGGAGUCACUGGGAGAUGAAUUCAUGGUGUCCCAGGAUCAAGGCAUUCUUAUGCCCAAGUCUGAAUACGCUCUGCAGAUGCACUUUAGAGCACUGAAGCAAAUCAAUGUGAAGAAGGUCAUCCGGCUGGAGGUGUCCGAUGUGGAUAAUAUCCUUGGCAUCGUCUACACGGAAAACAUUCAAAUCAUGGCAGAGGCGUAUGAUGUAGCUCUAGAUAUAAGUUUCCCAAAAGGUGCAGAUGGGGGACUUGACUUUGGUGUCAUCAAAGUUUCAGAAGAAGCUAAACAGACCCUCAGUUUGAAAAACAAAGGAAAAUAUGAAAUUUCUUACAGUUUCUUACUGGAGGCCACUGAGGCAGGAAUGCCUGAACUGAACUCUCACUUCACCAUUCAGCCACAGAAGGGCGCCUUAAACCCGAAUGACAGGCCGGCCCAAGUGCAGAUCACCUUCCGUUCUCGCAAAGAGGUGUCCAUUGAGAACAAACCUAUCUUGCGCUGCCAGGUAAUUGAGCCAAAUAUCUCUGAAGGUGGAGAGACCAUUGCCAGUAUCCCGGUGAAGCUCUCUGUCCAGUCCCUCUUCACUAAAUACGCCUGCGUCCCAGGCAACGACCUCAACUUUGGCUCCAUGAUGUAUGGCACCAGGAAAAUACGAACUUUCACAAUUGAGAACAAGGGCGAGUUUGAAAUUAAGUAUGCAAUCUUUAAGAUGAACAAAGACGUACCUGGCCAGCCUCAGAAAAAAAGUGGUCCUGGCAACAAACGCGUUCGCUCACGUGAAGGAUCUGUGUCUGGAAAAUCUGUGUCUGUCAGCAAAUCUAAGCGCAGCGAGUCUGUUCAGAGAGACAUGGGCACCGCACAGAUAAGAUUCACUCUGGGAGUGUUCACAGUAUCCCCAGGAUUUGGAACAAUUCCAGUCGGAGGUCAACAAGUAAUAACAGUGGAAUGUGUAAUGGAGCAAGUCGGGAAAUGUGAAGAAUUAUUGGCCAUCGACAUUUCGGAUCGAGAUCCUGAAGAUCAUCCUAAUGGAAUUCCUUACAAGCUUGUGACAGAAGGAUGUGUACCAGGGAUCAUUGUACAUGACAUCCCAUCUAUCUUUGAAGAGCAGAGAAUCUGUAAGAACAUUGACUUGUACCAAUGCCUGCAGACUGUUGACUCAGGUGGGAUCUUUGUGGAAGAUGAAAGUAAAUUUCUCUUUAUCAACACCCUGGUGGGGCGGCAAGCCAAAGCCCAGUUUAAAAUCAUCAACUCAGGAAAAAUCCCCUGUGAUGUGUCUCUUUACGUCAAGCCCAUUUCCAGCAAAUCUGCCUCACGGAUCAUUGACAUUUUUGAAGUGGAGCCACCCAAGAUGACCAUUCCAAGCCACUCGCACUCCUUUGCAGUUGUGACCUUCUCCCCUCAGACCAUGCAGAGCUAUCAAUGCAUAUUUGAAGCCAUAGUUGAAGGAUACUUCAGCAACAUUUCAAGACCCAAAAGCCUAACAUUUGAUAUUACUGGGGAUGGAAAUCUGCCACAAGUGACGGUCUUGCGCCCUGUUAUCCGAACCAGGAGUGGAAACCCACUCGUCCUGUUCAGUCGUCUACUGUUGGGCCAGACAGAGAAGCAACCAUUAGUGCUGAAGAAUGAAGGCACACUUCCAGCACAGAUAAACAUUGAUCUAGUGGAUGAGAAUGGAGUAUUUAUUCUGAAUCCAGCCCCAGGCACCCAGUGUGUUUACUUCACGCCUAAUCGUAGAGAAGAGGAGAGAAUGGUCUCAGUGAGAAAUACGCACACUGCCUCCCUCAUUCUGACUCCUGGACAGACUGCAGAGUUUGGAAUUUCAUUUACUCCUUCAAUAGUCCAGCGUUACAGUGGAUCUCUGCACCUUCUGGUGGUUGACAAUCAAUAUGAAGAUAGUGUGAUCCAAAUGGUUGGUGAGGGAUACCAAGAUGAAUUCACUCUGGAUAACAUCUACAGGCCAAAAAGCAGUGACAAGAUGGAGAUCACAGACGUACCUGUAGAUCAGGACACAGUCGAAGCCAAGCGUUUAGACCACAUUCAGUUUGGAGACUGCCAUGUAGGGAAGGCCUAUCAGGAGACCUUCACAAUGACCAACCGUACCAGCGCCGACACGAUACGCUUUGAAUGGCCAGCAGAUAUCAAUCAGCUCAAAUUCUUCCCGCAGAUGGGUCACGUUCAUGCUGGAUGCUCAAAGAAUGUGACAGUUACCUUUAAAUCUGAAAACCCAGUGUCAUUCAGCUCUCAGACUGUGAAGUGCAAAAUCAGCAAGAUAACAUUUCAACAACCAGUGGAUAAAGUACCAGACUGGGAUACCCGGUUACGGACUGUUAAAUGGCUAGAUACUGGAAAAGAAUCGGGAACUCCUCGAGCCGCCAAGAAGAAGGUGAUUGAGACCGAUCCCGAGCCUGCACACACCGUACUGGAGAACACGGCUCGUGAGCUGGUGCUGCGCGUCAGUGCUGUCUGCGAUUAUGUGCAGUUCAAGUGCAAAUCAGAAACCAUUCAUUUUAAAGAUACUCUCCUGUUCCAGACAAGAGUUGUUGAAUUUCAAAUUGCUAAUACUGGCAACAUUCAGUUAGAGUACUCCUGGCAUAAAUUAAUGGAGACCAAUGAGAAAGCUGUCAGCUUGUCUAAUAUGCGCACAGACUCAGUUGAAGUAAUCUCUGCUGUGCAAAUGCCUGGAACACGGCCUGGAAGUCGUGCAGUCAGCCUACCUGCAAGUGCAAUUGAGAGUGCCUCAUCCUUGGCUUCUAGUGAUCAGGACUUUAUGCCUUUUACCAUUGAGCCUCAGAUUGGAGUAAUUGACCCCGGAAAUAAACAGGCUUUCUUGAUUAAGUUUUCUCCCACUGAAUUAGGCGAAUAUGAGGCACGACUUAUUUGCAGUAUACCAAAUCUGAAGAACGCUCAAGGACCUACAAUUGCUGUGAAGGGUCGAAGCCUUCUACCAUAUUGCCAUUUUGACUUGGAAGAUUCUGACUAUAUCCGCAGCAACAAAAGGAAUCCUGAGAUGCGGGGUCCUCAUGGAGCUCCUCCAAGAGCUGCUCUGGAUACCAACACCAGAGUUAUUGAGUUCUCAUCAGUUGGGCUCAGAACACCUAUGUCCAGGACCUUCACCAUAAUGAACCCCACUAGCUCAUCUUAUACCUUCCAGUGGAAGUGUGAAGAUCCAGUGGACAUGAAGGUGCAACCUGAUUUUAAGUGCCUUACAGAGAAAGGCAACGUCAGUGCACAGAAGAAGGCUGAGAUCACUUUUGAGUUUCACCCUCAAAAACUUGAUAUCACUGAGUCUUUCUGGAGCUUCUUGAUUCCGGAACAGAAUAUCCUCGUACCUUUUCUUUUGGUGGGAAGGACAAGAGAGCCUGUGGUGUCCUUGGAUCGGUCCCACCUGAACUACAAGUCUCUCCUCAUAGGCCUGGAGGCUCGGGAGACUGUGUACCUGGUGAACAAUGAAGAUGUGGACUUUGCAUUCUCUUUUCAAGAAAAUUCCCGGUACUCUGAAGGCUUUGUCGAGAGCCUAGAUGUGAAUCCAAUGGAGGGGUCUGUGCCACUUCACAGCAGGAUCCCAAUGGUAAUCUCUUACAAGCCAACUCAUGAAGGGCGAGUGAACUUUAAUUUACUAUGCAAUGUAAAAAGGAAAAGCCAACCUUUGACACUUAAUGUGAAGGCAGAAGCUUAUUCGAUGAAUGCCAAUGUUCAGUAUGAGAACUCAGAGGGGACAGUUACUGAGCUCAGUCCAGACAAAGAGAACAACAUCAGCUUCAGCCAGGUGGGACUUAAUGAGAAGAUAUCCAUUGACUUUCACGUAUAUAACACUGGCAGGUUUAUUCUGGAAUUCCACUGGGAGUUCUGGGGACCUGAAGAUGUACUGCAGUUUCUGAAAAUGCAACCAGAAAAUGGGAGUGUGCAACCAGGGACGCAGGCUCACUCAACACUGGUCUUCUGCCCCCAGAAUAAAUGCACAUUGAAGAAAAUAGGACUGAAGCUAAAAAUUCAGAAUGGGCCCACUUAUAGAUGCUUAUUUGAUGGAGCUGGUGUACCUCCAGGGGUUCAUUUUUCUUUUACCAGAUAUGACUUUGGACCAAAUUUCAUCUAUCAUGCUGGCAUGGUUCCAUCUACACAAAAACUGUGCAUUACAAAUAAAGGAGACAAAGAGGCCAGAAUUGAGUGUCUAUUCUCAAGUACUGCACAUUUAGAAGUGGACUGCCACACCGAGGUCCUGCUUCCCAGUAGUGUUCUGGAGAUUCCUAUAACGUUCUAUCCAAGAGAACCCAUCAUGUAUCAGGAUAAAAUCAUCUUUGACAUCAAUGGAUUCAGCCAGCAGACUGUGGAGAUUCUUGGCCAGGGCACAGAGAUGAAGGUUGAAGUUGAGGAUGCAAAACAUAAAAUUGUGAAUCUGGGAGCUUUACGGAUUGGAGAGACAGUAAAGAAGGUCAUUCCUGUGGUCAAUAAGAGUCGUAUCUCACUGAGCUUUUUUCUGUGUCUCACUCAGCAGAUGUUGCUAGAUUCAAAGGCACUGUGGGUCAGUCCAUCUGGAGAUAUUACACUUAAUCCCUCAGGUGGUCGUUGUAUGGUUGAGGUGGUGUUCUCACCUACAUGUCGAAUACCCCCGUUUAUAGAAGAGGUGAUGAUGGAUAGUACUGGAAUUCGGCGUUCCCUGUUUGUGGUACGUGGAAGUUGCCAGGGAAUGGAGAUCAUUUUAGACCAGGAUUACAUCCCAUUUGGUGCAGUUGCUCAACGUAGCCAAGCAACCCGACGACUAUUAAUGCAAAAUACUGGGGACAUUGGAACUAGAUUUAAAUGGAACAUAAACAGCUUUUUGCCUGAUUUUUCAAUUUAUCCUGACCAAGGAUACAUAACUCCUGGUAUGGAAAUACCUUUUGAAGUGACCUUCUCCCCAAAGGAGUUGAAUCAGGAGAUACGUUAUGAAAAUCUAUGCUGUUCAAUUGAAGGGGGGAAGACCUUUAAGCUUAUUUUGACAGGAUCUUGUGUCAGUGCGACAAUUAAAGAGGUGAUAAACUUUUCAUGUCAUGUCCGUGGGCGGCAGUCUCAAACCGUUGUUUUGCCAAAUAAAACUGUCCAGCCCUGGGUUUUGCAUCCUAUAAUAGAGGGGGAAUACUGGAGUGGUCCUCAGUCCUUUACAAUUGAGGCACAACAGAGCAAGCCCUAUGAGAUCACAUAUAGGCCACUCACUAUGACCACAGAAGGGAAAAAACAUCAGGGUUCUGUUUUCUUCCCAUUUCCUGAUGGUACAGGACAGCUGCACAUGCUACAAGGUACUGCUGAUCCUCCAAAACCAGUAAGCACCAUCUCAAGGGAGGUGCCCUGCAAGACAUCCUACUCGGAGAUGCUUUCUGUCAGCAACUGGCUUGCAAAACCACAGAGAUUCCGUGUUUGCAUAGAAAUUAUGAAGCCGGAAAAGAUUGACAUUACUACAGAACUGAAGGGUCUGGACUAUGUUGAUGUCCCCGCCUCAGCUAAGAGAGAUUACAAACUUACUUUCUUUUCCUACAAGGAGGGAGUUGUCCAGGCAAAGGUUAUUUUUCAAAAUGAAACUAAUCAGGAAUACCUGUACUAUAUUUUAAACUUCAAAGCUACACCCCCAAGUGCUAUCAGCAGCAUUGAGAUGGUGACUGUGGUGCGGCAGAGCACUUCGGCCACCGUGAAAGUGGAGAACCCCCUACCCUUUUCUACAAGUUUCAUUGUUGAUUGCAAACAAUCAGAUAUCACCUUUCCAGCUCAGCUGAACAUACCACCGGAGUCAGAGGGUGCCCUGAUGUUCGAAUACCAGCCUCUAAAAGCAGGAGAUUUCACAGGGCGUCUAACCCUGUUAAACAGUGACCUUGGCGCAUUUCACUAUGACCUAAUUCUGAAAGCCUUGCCUGCCUCACCAGAGAAGCCCCUCUAUUUUCGUGCCAUGCUAGGAAGCAGCCAAUUGCAAGUGGCCAGGUUUAUAAACUAUUGUAAGCCAAAAGUGGAGUUUAUCUGUAAGUCUGACAGCCCAGACUUCAGUGUAGAAAAGUCAUUUUCUGUACAGCCUGGAACACCAGUGGGAACGGAGGUUGGUGUGGAUGUUUGCUUUGAACCUUGCCAUCUGGGUGAGAGUCCAGGGCUUCUAACAAUUCACUCUUCUGUUGGAGGAGAUUAUAUAUUUCCAUUGUUUGGAACUUCCUUAACCCCCAAAGCACAAGGACCCAUCAUUGUGCGAGCUGGAUCCAAUACCUCCAUUCCUUUCAAGAAUGUUUUCCUGCAGAAUACCACUUUUUCUUUCCAAGUGGACAACCCGUUCUUCUCGGUGAAGCCCUCUGAAACAAUUCCUUCAAAAAAAACUAAAAAUAUUAGUGUUUUCUUUGGGAGCAACCCCACUGGAUCAAAAGCACCUGUGCCUGGUAAAAUGACUGUGAGCUGUCCCAGAUCGGAAGGAUCUGGUCAAAUCAUAUCAUGGGUUUACUAUCUAAAAGGCCACACUCCCUAAAGCAGACCAUAUGGGGAAAAUCUGGGGGAAGUGGAUAAUAUCCCAGCAGUAUUAUUUUAGAAGCAAAUCAGCAAUGGCAUGGCCUGCUACGUUUUUAUUUGUUUAGUAGUCUGUAUGGAUCAAAAUAAUGUGUAAGGUGUUAAGCACAAGGUUAGCUUGCUUCAAGGACUGGCCUGCUUCAUCACACAUUUUUUAAUGUCCCAGAGUGUUUCCAGAAAGAUUUAAAUAAUCAAUCCAUAAAAUCCAUCUGUUACCUGAUCUGACUGAACCAGCAUAGGGUCACAAGGUGACAGAGCGUAUCUGGGCCGCAAUAUAGACAAUGG